AAUUCUGUACCGAAGGCGCCGGAAGUGGACUCCGCCCAGGACGCAGUGAGCGCUAUACGGAUGUUUAUAAAUAAACUAGAGAAGAAGACUCGCAGGAUCCCCCGCUGACUCCAGAUUACAUAGGAAUUCACAGCGCACAAUACGAAUUAGAGAGUCAUGAGCGCCCGAGCUGUGACUCAUCUCAACGAUGAGAGCGGCAGCUUCAGGGAAGACGCCCCGCGGCCACCUGUGCCAGGGGAGGAAGGCCAGAAGCUGUGCCAGCUCCACACCAAAAGCCAAAGAUCCAAGUCUGUGUCACUUCCCAUCAACCCUAGGAGGAAUGACGAUGGUUUGGGGGAACCAGAGGGGAGUGCAUCUCCGGAUUUGCAUCUGGUUAGAUGGGCCAAGUCCCUGCAUUCCUUACUGGGGGACCAGGAUGGGGCCCAUCUCUUCCGGACCUUCCUGGAGAGAGAGAAAUGUGUGGACACCUUAGACUUCUGGUUCGCCUGCAAUGGAUUCAGACAGAUGGACCUUAAGGAUACCAAAACCCUGCGGGUGGCCAAAGCUAUUCACAAGAGGUACAUCGAGAACUACAGCGUCGUGGCCAGACAGCUCAAGCUGGCAACCAAAUUUUUCAUACGGGAUUGCAUGAAGAGGCAGCAGAUUGACUCCACCAUGUUUGACCAAGCCCAGGCUGAGAUCCAGACACUGAUGGAGGACAAUGCUUACCAGAUGUUCCUCACCUCUGAUAUUUACCUCGAUUAUGUCAGGACUGGGGGGGAGAACGCAGCUCAUGUCAACAGCAUGGCCCUUGGGAGCUUAAAGCUGGUCACUGGCUACCUACCCACCUUGAACGAGGAAGAGGAACUCAACUGUGUGGACCUCAAAGCCAAGGGCUCGCCAUCCGUGGUGGGGCUGAGCAGCAAAGCUCUGAGGGCGACUGCAAGCUCACGAGCCAGGGAAAGCAUAGACAGCUGCUACAGGUCAUACCAGAGGAGCGACCCCAUCAAUCCUUACCAUGUCAGUUCAGGAUAUGUGUUCGCUCCGACCACCAGUGCCAACGAGAGCGAGAUCUCCAGUGAAGCCAUGACGGACGACUCCAUGUCAAUGACAGACAGCAGCGUGGAUGGCAUUCCUCCGUACCGCUCCAGCAACAAGAAGCAGCUUCAGAGGGAGAUGCACCGCAGCAUCAAGGCCAACGGGCAGGUGGCGCUACCUCAUUUCCCUAGGACGCACCGGCUGCCCAGAGAGAUGACCCCCGUAGAACCGGCAGUCUUCGCGGCUGAGCUCAUUGCCCGGCUGGAGAAGGUUAAACAGGAACAAGAGACGAUGCAGACGCUGGAAGAGAGGCUGCAGCAGAUCAAAGAGGAAGAAGAACGGGAGGAGUGUGAGACCCCCAUCUUCUUCCAGGCACCCCGUGAUCUCCUGGUUUCCAGCCACCAACCACCGACUUCCUGCGAUGAUGACCCUCAGACCAUCCUAGACGAGCACUUAUCACGAGUCCUGAAGACGCCCGGCUGUCAGUCUCCGCCCUGUGUGGGGAGGUCACGCUCCCCUGGCCGCACUCGUGUCCUGAGGCCUACAGGUGCGGUGCAGUCAGUGCCCUGCCCUGUGCUCACCAAGAGCUUUGUCACCAAACAGACCACCAAACAUGUUCACCACUACCACUACAUCCAUCACCAUUCUGUGCCCAGGACGAAAGAGGAGAUUGAGGCGGAGGCGGCUCGCCGGGUGCAGUGUCUCUGCACCAGUCCUGCUGACUACUGCUGCUUCCUGCAGAACAGGACCCACUGCAGAGACCUGCCGCUCCUGCACAUGGACGCUGCGGGCAGUCGCUCUCGCACCUUGUCCAGGAGGAAAGUGACCUCUGACCAUUUGGGGGAGGACAGAGUAGACACCACCACAGUCAUAUACCAGCUGCCCAUGGAAGAGCACCUACCGACGGCCUGGCAGAGGGUGGUGGAGUGCGAGAACGAGCGGCUGAGCAAACACCGAUCUCACAGUGCCCAUAACAUCAAGCGGAACACGACUUGUGAGACCACCCGAGCUUCAUCAGCGGAGCGCCUGGCGCCACGCCACCAGUGGAGCGCCCCCAGUGGCCACACGAGGAGCCAGCAGCCCCUGCACCCACCUGUCCAGGAAACCACGGUGGUGUCGGUCAACACACUGGCUCAGCUGGAGGAGGCAUGCAGGAGGCUGGCGGAGGUGUCCAGACCAAAACAAAGGUGUCCAUCCUCCAGUCACCAGCGCAGUCACUCCGUGCCGUGUCCAUCCGCCAUCGCCGCGCAGGUACAAAAAGAACCAAAGAGGCAGCCGAGCGAGUUAGGCCCGGAGCUGACGCUCACGUAUUUCUUCUGCGGAGAGGAGAUCCCGUACCGGCGGAUGCUGAAGAUGCCCAGCCUGACACUGGGGCUCUUCAAAGACCAGCUGAGCAAGAAAGGCAACUACAGGUAUUACUUUAAGAAGGCGAGCCGGGAGUUUGACUGCGGGGCAGUAUUCGAGGAGAUCAGCGAUGACGACGCCAUUCUUCCGCUGUAUGAGGGGAGGGUCCUCGGUAAGGUGGAGCGCAUUGACUGAAUGCCGGUGACCACCUUAACGGAAAAGUCGUCUUCUGACCGCAUGAUGUGGUUCCUGGCGGCGCAGGAGGUGGCACGUCAGCGCCCAUUGAGGGAGCCAUGUCCGCUGCUGUUGAUGUCGCAGUGGGAGGAGCCAGUGGAUCCAGCAGUCUAUGCACUAACUCAUAUAGUACCACUACAGACUGUCACAUGACCUGGAGGACGCCGCCGCGAGCGGACACUGCCCCGCCUCCUGAUGAGACUGAAGCCAUCUUGAUGCUGCUUGUACAACUUUGGCAAAAUGUUUUGCGCACUUGCCAUCGUGUCGUUCGGUGCCUUCUGUUGUUUGUACAGACCCCCCCCCCCGCCCCCAUUUAUUUAUUUUAAUAAAGUUUCUGCCCCCUCCCCCACUAUUAAAUAUUCUAAUUUAUUCGUAUUGCAUUUUCACGGAGGAGAUUUACCGUAUGUCGUGUCCGGCCGCCCAUGACCUCUGCCGUAGAAGCAUUCGCAGCUGUCCGCCUUUACUGCCGCUGCAUCAGGGCAGUGGGCGGGACUUUACCACUCUGGCCCCGCCUCCAGUCAGCAGGUAGUGUAAUCAAUACCCUCUGACUGGUGCCAUUCCGAUAUGCAAAUAAGCCCCGCCUCCUCGCAGGACAAUGCGACAACUCACCCCCGGGGGGAAUUCCGUCUUCCAUGCUCUGCGCGGGGGAGGAGGUGGCGCCCUGUGUCACUUGACCUGUCUAUAGACGGUGUACAUACCGUAUGGUACCCGUCAGCACAGGGUCACCCACAGCCUCCCUCCCGUCACCCGCAGCCUCCCUCCCGUCACCCGCAGCCUCCCUCCCGUCACCCGCAGCCUCCCUCCCGUCACCCGCA